AUGGCAUCCGAAGAAAGUGCAAAGAGGCAGAGGACGGCCAGCGACUCUGCUUACGAUGCUCAUCUCAGCACAUGUUUGCGAACUUCUCAGGGCUCGGCUUUUAGGAUGCCUUGGGAGACACCUGAAUUUCGAAAUAGCUUGCUUGAUUUCAGUGUUCCUUUGGGAAGGGGGCCACUACCCCUCAUUCCUGUGAGCAGCAACAUUUCUGUUCCGGUUCCCAAACAGCCGGCUGUCUCUUUUGCACAUCGAUUCUCUCGUGUACGUCAUGAUAUUUCUUGGGAGAACCAGACCGAGAAGAGACUGGUGGCGGCCGUUCGGAAGUGGACUGCUCUUGUACUCAGGAGCCCUCAGUCUUUCGAUGUGGGUCGGAAGGUCACGUCACUAGCACCUGUCGGGGUCCAAGUGUCAAGGUCGCUGCGACAUGUGUUCGCAGGCAAGGCAGUUGGAACUCUGCACAGUCGGGCUGAUCCGCUCAUACGAUACGUGGCAUGGGCUGAUAGGCAUGCAGUCUUGGCAUUUCCAUUCAAGGAGGAUGACAUGUACGAGUUUGCUUGUGAGUGCGAACAUACAUGCUCGCCGAGUUUCCUCAAAAGCUUCCUGAGCGCGGUGACCUUUUGUUUCUUCAUUCUUGGAGCGGAGAGCGCUCAGGAGGCGAUGGCUAGCAUGAGAUUGAGUGGUGUGGCCAGGGCAUGCUACUUGACAAAGCGGAAGAGGGUCCAGCGCCCACCGUUGUCGACUGAGAUGGUACAGCGACUUGAGAGGUUUGUAGUUUCCCCCGAUGGGGAUCGCAUUGAUCGGUUCAUAGCUGGAUUCUUCUUGCUCUCGAUUUUUAUGAGGGCCAGGUAUUCUGAUACACAGAACAUGUACAAUGUCAGCGAGGACAAGCCGCAGGUCGACCCGUCUGGGCUUGGAGGCUACCUUCAGGCCGACAUCGCACGCAGCAAGACAUCUUACACCACUGAGAGGAAAACUCAGCUGCUGCCGAUGGUGUGUCCACGCAAGGGUAUCGCUGGCGAAGAUUGGUUCCAGGCGUGGUCCAUGCUGAGAAAGGAAUUGAACGUCCCUGUUGGAGAGGGGCUGCCCGUCCUGCCUGCGAUUUUGACCACCGGACACUGGGCUAGUCACCCUCCGAGUGCUUCGGUCGCUGCUGGAUGGUUGAGAAACGUGCUCCGCAAGUGCGGAUUUUCUGAGGCUCAGUGUUCCCCUAUUGGAACGCACUCAUGUAAAGCGACUUGUCUAUCUUGGUGUGCCAGAUUCGGCAUCGACAGCUAUGAUCAGAGAGUGUUGGGGUAUCACACGGCUCCGGGCGACCGCAGCGCCCAAGUAUACAGCCGCGAUGCCGUAUCAGCAUCGGUCAGGGUGCUCGAGAAAGUCCUCGCGGCCAUUAGGUCAGGGACUUUUGUUCCGGACAGUACCCGGAGCGGGUACUUCCCCACGAAGGACGACCCCAACGCCAGCUACGACUACGAAGCUUCCUCAGAGGCGUCUCUUGAUGAAGAGGAUGCCGAGACCGAUUGUCAGGAGCUCGAGCGAGCGCUGGACGGGGUCGUGGAUGGUUGGUGUGAGGAAGUGCCUAAGCGCGAGUUGAAGGCAGAGCACUUGGUUCGCAAUCGGUCUUCACGCAUGCUGCACUUGAUUGCCGACGAGGGCGGAACUUCUCUAUCUUGCGGCAGGACAUGCACGAAGAACUACGAGAAGGUGGCAGCUGUUCCAUCGUUUCUGUACCCUGUGUGUGCCAGGUGUUUCAACUCUGUCAAAACAGAUGCCAGUGUCGAGCCUGCUGUUGGAGAGCAGGUUAGAGGGGAUCAGAGCUGA